AUCGAAUGCAAAGUAACGUAACUGUAACAUUUAAAGGUUUGAUAAAUCCUAUUGAUCUCUUCUCUGCAAUAUUCAAUAGAUAACUGCGCGUGUUGGAGGUUUGAGGUGUGAAUUUUUUGCCAUUGAAAAUGAAGGUUUUUCUUCUUCUGCUUAUUGUGCCGUGCCUCGUUGCUGGUGAUACACAGUGUCCUGACAGCAACAUUUCUUGUCCAGAUGACAAGAAAUGCUGUGAAGUGAAUGGCCAGCACAGCUGUUGCGACAUCGAAGACGACGUUGACAAAGUUCAUAUUCUAGAAGGAAAAAUGAAAGUCUACCCUGGAGAAGAGCUCUUAGCACUAGCUGAACAGUACCCAAACGCAUCCGUGGAUGUCCAACACGGUUUACUUGGCAAGUGCAAUUUCUUAAGCUGCAAAGGACAAUGUUGCAAAGAUUUCUGCUGCGAGCCUGGUUACUCCUGGAAGUGCUGCCAAGAAAGCAGGUGCUGCCCCCCUCAAACUAUUUGCUGUCCUGUCGGCUGCUGUCCGAAGAGACAAGAGUGUUGCGCAGGAGGUUGCUGCGCUGAAGGUCAAAGGUGUUGCGGAAGAUGGUGUUGCAAGAAGAAGCAACAAUGCGGCAAUACUUUUAAUAGCUGUUACGGUAAAGGAGCAACAUUUACACCUGCCUUUGCCACGGUUCUGAUUCUGGCUGCAGCGGUUGUGAUGUCACGCCAUCUGUAACAUUUUGCAAGUUUAAACUCAAGAAGAAAUUUUGAAUCUGUAUAUGAUGUAAUCUUGAAAAUUUCUCCAGUAAAUAUAUCGGAAUUUGAUAGAGAUAGAAAAAUUUCGCUGAAAUAAAUAUUUUCUUAAUUUGUAGUGCUUCAUAACAAACUUUCACUACUUAUGCAUAAUUGUAUCAUUAAGUAACAAAGCAAAUAUGAUAUUGUUGUAAUUUUCCUUAUUUUGUGUAAAUUGUCUGUAAAAUUUCUGAAAAUCGUGGUAGAAAUAGUUUUGCAUACCUGUAAAUUGUCUUCUUUUCAUAUGCAAUUCAAUAUAACUGCACGGUACAUGAAAAUGGUGAUAAAUUGAAGUACAUUCUUGUCAUUUUUACCAUAUCACUUCAUUUAAUUGUAGUUGCAGAAUAUUUCUGUUUUAAUUGAUGAACUUCAUCGUUUAAAUAAUGUUUAAAAAUUGAAAUAUUUAUUUUUUACCCUUAAUUUUUACGUUUGAAUCGUGUUAUCGAUAUGAUUCAAAGAUUUUCAUGUAAAUAAUAAAUCCUGCAAGUCAUCAGAUUGUAAAUCUCAUCAAACUGUAUAUAAUAAUAAAAAUAAAAACUAACUUUUCUA